UUUUGACAGCUCAGAAGCUCAGAAAAAUUUUCACUUAUUUCUCAAAUCGUGUGAGUGUGUUGUUCGGUCGAUUUUCAGUCAUAAUUUCACAAAUUAACGUUCCAAAACCGGUCGUCAGUGAACAAAGCGAGGAUUAAUUCGUUGGACGGAUUGAAGUGGUGCGGUGAAUAAUUGAAAUGCGCCAUGAAACCAUCGGAAUGUCGGCGUAAAAGUAGUGUUUUCCCAUCUGCUAGCACUGAUCGACGGCAUCACCAUCAGUUAUUCAAAAACAGAAGCGCCGUGUGCGUGGGAACGAAUCGCAAGUAAAUACAGCCCGAUUACAUAUCUACUAGCACGAGGCGCCACCAGGAGGAAUUCAAUUCGGGUUUGUGGUUGUGUUUGGUGAAGUUUUUCUUUUGAAUCAUCGACCGAAAAAGAAUUCUUGUUUUGAAAGAGCAAAGCACCUUGAACGUGAAGACGUUCGGCGGGCAUCAUGAGUGGUCGGAUGGACAAUUUGGAACUGCUGUCGGACGACGAGCUCCGGCUCAGGCUAAUGCAGUAUGGAUUUCAGAAUCUCCCGGUCACCAAUACCACCCGUAAGCUGUUGAUAAAAAAGCUCAGGAAUCACAUGGAAAACGAGAAAGGAAAAUUGCGGCGGGAAACGAGCUACGCAACACGCUACUCUUCCGGUGAGGAAUCCGAUGGGGAAAAACGAUCUGGUCGGAGAGCAACGACCAGCGGCACGAGCAGUGCGCGAACCGCAAUGCCACCACCAGCGCCCAGGUCGGUUACAAAGAGACACAGCAAUUCACCCAUAUCAAAUAGUAGCUUACUUUUCAAUAACAACAAUAAUAACAACAACAACCACAACAAAUCGAUAUCACCCGGUUCAGCAAGAAGCGCCGUGUACAUCUCACCAGUUAUUAUCAACGACAGUGAAGAGGAGGAUUAUUCCGGUGGUUUACGGCCAACGAGUCGAGUUUUCGGAAAUUCAUCUUCAUCGCCGAGUGCACUAUUCCGCCGUACCGCCCCCAGCAGUACUUAUUCAACACCGACAAGACUUCCCGCCAGCAUAAGUACGGCAGCUGCCACACAACUUCCUUCCUAUCGAAUAGCGGGAAACAACAUUUCAGUGGCUCCAUCCAGCAACGCAUUGACCAGGCUAAACGAUUCGUCAAACUCCAACGGUAGUGCGUCGGAGUCUCCGUACGUGAGUGAGUACACCAAACGAUUGCUGCAGUUGCGGGGUGAAACAGUAUCCCACGAGAACUACAACAGUGCCGUUGGCAGUGCCCUCAGUGGUGGUGCCAACAGCAGUGGGAACAAUCUCAACGUGAAUCACAGUGGAGUUCCGAUUAGUGGGAACCACUUCCGCAGCCGGUACACCUACGCGGGUAGAUAUUCGACCAACCACAAUGAUGCUGGUGGUGGGAACGGUUUCAGUGAAAACGAUAUUGUGACACAUGCUCAACCAAGCCCGGACCCACCGCAAAUUCCACUCAGGAUUGCAUUGGGCAACCUGAUUACAAAACUGGAUGAGCACUACGGUUUCAAGCAGACAUUUAUUCCAUGUGCGCUUCUGUGCAUAUUCAUCGCUUUUCUGGUUUCUGUGGCAUUUAUGUAUAUGACCAUUAGCACGGAUAUUGCCGGCACUCUGAAUUCGAUUGACACAAGGUACGACUUGUGUGAUACCACGACUACAGACAGCAGAAGAUGUGUGUCGCAGUCGGAGAUGGAGCCGGCCUUAGAAAUGUUGAAGCUAGUAGGAACCGAAUUGAAGAGUCGCGUAGAGCACAGUAAGUGUGUGGAUUCCACUGUGUCAUAUUUGAUGAGUGCUGACGAGGUGUUGAAGCUGGCAAAGGAGCACUAUCCGGCUGUCUUGAUUCCACAACUGACAAAACAUUUGCACGCAAUGGAAUAUUUGAUCGAUCGGAAUCCACAGUGGCGUAUAAAUCACUGUGACGAGAACGGCAGCGAAAUAGGGUUCGAAGAAGUUUUACGCCGGAGGCCGACCAAGAGUAACUAUUUUGCUAUACUGAAACCGAAACUGCCGUUCACGUGUAUGCUGUACAACAAAUUCCACACAUUCUUCGUUAUUGUGGGCGUGCUGGGAAUCAUUGGAUUGAUCACAUAUCUGGGAAAUUGUUUUCUGAAAUUCGUACUGCAGGUCAAGCAAAAACGCAAAGAUCAAGUGAAUGGAUUGAUCACUGAGAUUAUCCAGGCGGUCAGUCAAGCCUCGUCAUCUGCGGGGGGAACGGAACCAUCCGAGGAGGGUGGUGUGGUGGUGGUCAAUCAUCUUCGAGAUCGCCUGAUAAGCCUCGACAACCGAAAGAAGCUAGAGUGGGCUUGGAUCGAAGCUCUACAGUUUUUGGAGCGAAAUGAAAGCCGAAUCCAGUUUGAGGUGGGCAAUCGCGGAGGCGAGGACUUCAAAAUGAUGCGUUGGAUUGACACGGCACCAAUCACGGUGAAUUCGAUAGCCCGGUCUGUUCCGGGAGGAGUGAAAAAGUGGCAAAGCCCAGCCUUUGAUAACACCAAUAAGAUACCUGAUCCACCAACACCUUGCCUGAAAAUCCGACAAAUGUUCGACAAGUACGAAGUGAACGAUCCAAACCUCAGGACGAUUGUACAGGAUGCCAUUCUGGAGAAAGUCGGACAGCGAUGCAAAAUCUACGACAUCCAGCUGGAUCGGAACACUUGCUGUGUCUAUGUGCGCUGCGCUUCGGCCAAGGAUGCUGGAAUCGUACACGACGAAAUCAACGGUUGGUGGUUCGAUAAUCGGUUGGUGUCGAUCAAAUUUCUGCGACUGGAGCGCUAUCUGGCACGGUUUCCGCGAUCAUCUGCCGGUCCCGCUUGUCUGAAACCAUCGAAUCGUAACAAUAGCUCGAUGUCACAGCAACCGCCGAUCGGUGACCGGCCAUCGAACCAAGUCCAGCGCGACGACGACGAGGAAGACGAAGAGGAAGAGGACGACACUGAACCGGAGCAUGAGCCAGAGUGCUAAUAUUUUAAUUUCAUCCUUAGUUUUUCUUAAAUUUUAAACUUGAUUAGUUGUAAAUUAACGCAGCCGCCGCUUACAUUGCUUUACAAUUGGUGAAAAUCGCCGAAGGGAUAAGUUUAUUUUUUAUCAUCGUUCAAUUUGAAAUUUAUCAUACUCUUUACGAAUUAAAAAAAAACAAAAUCACCGUAGCGAAACAAAACAAUAUCGUUAAACUUAUGAACCAGAGCAAAUAAAAAUAAAUUUUGUUGGUUUAAUGUACUGUUGAGACGUCUUAUAAUGUAAAUUAAAAACAAAUCGAAUUCUUAUCAUUCUAAGUGGCGAUGGUAAACCGUAGAGGAUGAGGGGACACCGCUGUAAUCAGCGGUAGGUCUGAUGAAAUUGCGAUGGAAAUGCAAAUUCGCAUUCCGUUCAUCUUAUGCUGAUAAAAAAAAAGUCCACGGACGUGAGCCAUAAUCUUGGUGAGCCAUUGUUUUUAUCAACAAAUCAAAAACACAAACUCAUUAGAGGGACAUACUAAACUGGAAUGCGUUAUCAUUAAUUUUAGCUGGUUACGAAAAACAAAACGGUAUCUGACAAAAAAAAAUCUGAAAGUUGUUAGCAUAAGGAAACAUUGUAAAAUAUAAUCGAUUUAGUAAUAAAUAAAUGGUACAUCUUUAGUAA